CUGUUACUGAGGAAAGUUCAGGGGACUACAGACAUGCUCAGGUUUGUCCUGUUUACCACGCUCGCAGCCCUUGUGCUGUCCGAGCCCCAGCCCAGGUAUCUGGAGGACAGUGUGGAUGAGAGAGUGGUUGGAGGAGAGGUGGCCAGACCUAACUCUUGGCCCUGGCAGAUUUCCCUUCAGUACCAGAGUGGAUCCAGCUUCUACCAUACCUGUGGAGGCACCUUGGUCAGGAGAGGAUGGGUCAUGACCGCUGCGCACUGUGUCGACAGUUCCAGGACUUGGCGUGUUGUUCUGGGAGACCACAACAUCAACAGCAAUGAGGGCCGUGAGCAAUACAUGAGUGUGAGACAGGUCUACAUCCACCCUAACUGGAACUCCAACAAUGUCGCCGGAGGUUAUGACAUCGCCCUGCUGCGCCUGUCCUCUGAGGCCACCCUCAACAACUAUGUGCAGCUGGGAGCCCUACCCCCUUCUGGACAGGUCCUGCCUAACAAUAACCCCUGCUACAUCACCGGAUGGGGACGUACUCAGACUGGUGGUUCUCUGUCUGCCAGCCUUAAACAGGCCUACCUCCCCCUGGUGGACUACAGAACCUGCUCCAGCUAUGGCUGGUGGGGCAGCACCGUCAAGGACACCAUGGUCUGUGCUGGAGGCGGCAGCGAGUCUGGAUGCCAGGGUGAUUCUGGUGGCCCACUGAACUGCAGUGUCAAUGGCCAAUGGGUGGUCCAUGGUGUGACCAGCUUUGUGUCGUCCGCUGGCUGCAACACGUACCAGAAGCCCACAGUCUUCACUAGAGUGUCUGCCUACAUCAGCUGGAUGAACGGAAUCAUGGGUUAAGAAGAAGAGCCAUUGCCAUGGAGACUCACCACAAAACAUUCAGUCAAAGUCAAAAUCUAAAUAAAACUAUUUGUAUAAGUACAA